AUGACAGAGAGCUGCUACUAUUUCCAGUUGAGAUUCUGCGUCUGCUUACUGCUCGCCCUUAUUUUGGCCGCUACAGCUUUCGACCUCAAGUCAGACAUCACGGCACAAAAGGCUUCCGAACAAGGUGGCGUCCGCCUAUGGAUCGGAGCGUUCUCGCUGACACGUAAUCUUCGCACGCUGACUGUUCCCGAAGACCCAGAUGUGGCCGCGGCACAAGGCGUCAAGGCGAUCAGCAUGGCAUGGCUCAUCUUCGGACACACCUAUUUCCUCGCAGAGAACACGCACAUGUUCAGUGGACUCCUCAGGGCAUACGACAACAUGGCGGGGGACCUGUUCUUUUCACCCUUCAUCAAUUACACCCUGGCCGUCACCACCUUCUUCCUAAUCAGUGGACUCUUCAUAGCAUACAGAAAUCCCCCUUCAACUGAUGCACUUACUGUGAAGGCUUGCUGGCGAUUCGUUGUGCAGAGAUACUUCAGGAUGACUGCGCCCUUUCUGGCAGUACUGUCCCUUCUGCUAUUGUUACCAUUAAUGACCAAUGGACCAUUCUGGGAAGAUUACGCUGGUGCAGAGAUCCGAAGAUGUUCUUCCGUUUGGUGGACGAAUCUGUUCUUCAUCAGCAAUUUCUGGACUGCCGACCAAAUGGUAUUUCCCGUAUAA